GCGACCCUUAUGGGGUUCGUUUAUUUUCCGUCCAUUUCAGAGGGAAUUAUUUCAACAAAAAUCGCGAAAUAGGGAAGAAACAAUGCAGGUGGAGGUUGAGAGUCCUCGGCCGUACUUCUUCGGUGAUAUCGGCUGCUGGUCCGAGCGCACCGAGGUGCACAAGGCAGCUUACGGGGGAGAGGCGACUCUUCUUCAGCGGCUCAUCCAGAAUGGCGCCUCCGUCAACAUAGUGGCGGUGGACUCGGUGACGCCGCUGCACGAAGCUGCCAUUCGCGGGCAGACCGAGUGCGUGCGCUUGCUCCUGGACGCAGGUGCUCAGGUAGAUGCGCGUAAUGUGGACGGCAGCACCCCUCUGUGUGAGGCGUGUGCGUCGGGGAGCUCGGAGUGCGUACAGCUGCUGCUGGACCGGGGGGCAAAGGUCGACCCCUCCCUAACCUCGCGCAUCACCACACCCCUGCUGGAGGCCUGCAUCAGCGGCAGUGCAGACUGUGUCCAGAUGGUGAUUGACAGAGGCGCGUGUCUGGACACGUUUGACCUGUACCACGGCACACCUCUGAUCGUCGCCUGCACCAACUCAAACGUGGACUGUGCCAAAGCUUUACUUAAUGCAGGGGCUAACGCGAAUGCAUCUCGGUUCCAUGACACGGCCCUCCAUAACGCUGCUCGGCGCGGGUGUGCGGAGCUGCUGGAGAUGUUGGUACAGUUUGGCGCUAACGUGUACGCGCGCGACAAACACAACCACCUGGCCAGCUACUUCACUAAGCACGGGACCCCUGCACACACCUGCCUAGAACACUACGAGAGUAGCCCCAUGUCUCUGAUGCAGCAGUGCCGUAUCCGUGUGCGGAGGAUGCUGGGCACCAGGGCCAUGAAGGCGUUGCCCCAGCUAGACAUCCCUCCCAGACUCAUAUACUACCUCUCCUUUAAAUAACACACACGCACACGCACACACGCACACACACACACACACACACACACACACACACACACACACACACACACACGCACACGCACACACGCACACACACACACACAAAAACCAACUAGAUAUCCCAUCUAAAUCCGUCCUCGAAAUAAUACAAUACACACAUGCAUAAAAAAACAGGUAUACACACAUCAGUAUGUUUCCUCCCUAUCUACUGUAGGUCUCUAAAUCACUCUUUAUCUCUCUUGGACAACUAUUUCUCUCUUCAUCAGCAGUCUCUCUCUGUCUCUCUCUUAGACACACACACACAUACUGACUGAAACACAUGGUCACAUUGUUGGUCUCACAGUAC